GGAGUUCUUUAAAGUGAUAAAAAACAUUUAAUAGCUUUUCAGAUUAAUUUACUUAAAUUAAGAAAUGUAAUGUAUUCUACAAAGCCGUUGCGAAUGUGGAUAGAUGGAAAGAUCUUUGAACUAAAAAAUUACAAGAAGCUAACAAUAAUUGAAACCCUCAAAAAUGUUCUGCUAAAAGAAGACAUUACUGAAGAGCACUGCUCUAUUUUUGAAAUCACUACUGAAGAAAAUGGGCAUUUUUCAACUACUUUUAGACUACCAACAAUGUACUACAUAAACCUUCAUCAACAGAUUGGUUCAAAUAUAAAGUUGCUAGAAAUAGAAACAAAGACAACUAUUUUAAUACCCAAACAUGGCCAAAAAGGAAAAAUAAAGAUUUCUUCUCCAGAAACUGAAGGAAUUGCUACUGCUAGGCACUUUAUUCAUUCAGUACUGGGAACCAUUAGAGAAAAACAUCCUGCAAUGCAGUUUAUCUCCAUUCCUUUAAGGAAUAGUGAAAUAUCAGAAAAUUUCGAAAACUUUAAGAAUGAAAUACUUAAUAAUGGAGCAAUUGAAGGAAUUCAUGAAUCCAUAUUUCAAGAUGUGAAAAAGUUACAUUUAACAGUUGUUGUUUUUGCAUUAAUGGAUGAACAUGAAAAAUUAGAAGCUGUAAAGGCAUUAGAUGACUAUAAAGAUCAAGUACUUGACCCCAUGGUUGCUGAAAUGGGACCACUAAAAAUUAAAUUAGCAGGAAUAGAUUGUAUGAAUAACAAUCUGGAAAAAGUAAAUAUUUUGUAUGCAAAUGCUCAAGUAGUGGAUGCAAAUGAAAAAAAGUGCUUGCAAAAAAUUGCCAAUGGAAUUUCUGACCAUUUUCACAGUAGAGGUUUAGUAAGGCAAUAUCAAGAAAAUGUUAAAUUGCAUGUGACAUUAAUGAACACUAAAUACAGACAAGAAUCAUCCAACCCUUCUACACCCAAAAAAAAAGGUAGAUGGUACUUUAGAAAACAAACUUUUGAUGCAAGACAAAUAAUGGAAAAGUACAAAGAUUAUUAUUUUGGAAUUUGUGAUUUUGACUCUAUUCAUCUUUCCCUGAUAUCUAGUAAGGGUGAUGAUGGUUUUUAUAAACCAUUAUCUAUUAUUACUGUAUAAUUUUUUAAAUAGUUACAAAAUAAAUUGGAACGUACAAACAUACAUCUUAUAAACAAAAAAUGUGAAUU